AUUUUCCGAAAAAAAAAAAACACAUGUCCUCCACUUGUUGACCUUAUGGGUCCAAUCACAUAUAUUAUUGUAGUGGUCAGCAAAUUGGACGGUUGGGAUGUGUUCCUCAGAAGGUUGCACCUCAUGAUCUCAUUUUCCUUCAACCACCACCCAAAUGACCCGGCUAGUGAUAUCUCAACCUCCAUUGAUGCUGAAACGGCUUAGUCUCACUGUAUCACCUUCUUCUCCUCUAAACUCUCCUAGUCUCUCUCCUUCAUAGACUUACUCCAAUUUCUCCUUCAUUUUUUGGAGGAGCGUUACAUAUAGUAAGGCGUAUAUCAUAUUGAGGCAUAGACCAUUUCCUCACUACAAUCCACAGUCACAUAUAUAUAAACACACACACAAACACAAACUUACAUAUAGUAGUACUAUUCACAAUUCCAAGUUACUUAUAUCCCCAUUUCUGUUUCUCUAGUGGUCUAAUAACGUUGCAAUAUACAUAUAUAUAUCCAUGGCUUCAAUACCAUCUUUUUCUACAGCUAUGAUUCUAGUCCUAGCUACUAUACUACUGUUUGUUUCGCCAGCAUGUUCAGCCAAUAAAGAAGGUGCCAAUCACCAUACAGAGGCACACAACGGAUUCCGGCUGUCUCUUAAACAUGUUGAUUCUGGUAAAAAUUUAAGUAGAUUCGAGCGUUUGCAACACGCAAUGAAGCGCGGGAGGCAAAGGGUGAAGAGGUUUAGUGCAAUGGUGCUGGCCGAAAAAUCGGAUUCCAAAGUCAAAUCACCAGUCCAUGCAGGAAAUGGUGAGUUUCUCAUGGACUUAUCGAUUGGUACUCCACCAAAACCUUAUACGGCAAUAAUGGACACCGGUAGUGACCUAAUAUGGACUCAGUGCAAGCCUUGCAAGGAUUGUUUCGACCAGUCUACACCGGUUUUCGAUCCAACAACGUCGUCUUCUUUCGCUAAUGUAUCGUGUACUGACAAGCUUUGUAAAGCUCUACCAAGGUCAAGGUGUAGUGAUGGCUGCGAAUAUCUCUACACAUAUGGAGAUUCUUCUUUGACACAAGGUUUUAUGGCAACAGAAACUUUCACAUUCGACAAGGUUUCCGUUCCCAGCAUUGGGUUUGGUUGUGGGCUUGAUAAUGAGGGGAGUGGGUUCAGCCAGGGUGCAGGGCUGGUGGGACUUGGGCGCGGUCCGUUAUCGCUUGUCUCCCAGCUCAAAGAGCCCAAGUUCUCAUACUGCCUAACCUCUAUUUCUGACACCAUAACUAGCACUCUGUUGAUGGGGUCUCUUGCAAGUGUCAACAGCACAGAUGGUGCAAUCAUAACCACCCCUUUGAUCAAAAACCCAUCUCACCCAUCUUUUUAUUAUCUUACUCUUCAAGGGAUCACAGUUGGUGCCACUCUCUUACCAAUAGAGAAAUCCACUUUUGCACUCAGUGAUGAUGGAAGUGGUGGCCUAAUUAUAGACUCUGGUACAACAAUAACAUAUUUAGAAGAAAGUGGUUUUGAUAUUGUCAAAAAAGAGUUCAUUUCUCAAGUGAAGCUUCCCGUGGCGGAUUCCAGCACGACAGGGCUAGAACUGUGCUUCAACUUGCCAUCCGACACAAGCAGCAUUACCGUACCGUCGCUGAUUUUCCACUUUGAUGGUGCUGAUUUGCAGUUGCCAGGAGAGAACUACAUGGUUGUUGAUUCGAGUAUGGGUGUGUUGUGCUUGGCCAUGGGGAGUUCAAAUGGUAUGUCCAUCUUUGGCAAUAUACAGCAGCAGAACAUGUUGGUGCUUCAUGAUCUUGAAAAAGAGAAGUUAUCAUUCAUACCCACAAAAUGUAGUCAAAUGUGAGCGUGUAUAUGUUGUUGAUCUUAUAUUUUGUGUGUUUUCUGUGUGGUUAAUUUGAUUAAACUUGUUUUCAUUUCUUUGUAGCUUUAAAACAUUUUUCGUCAAUAAAUCCCAUUCUGUUUGACA